UCCAUUAAUUACAUUUAUCUCUCUCAUUCACAUUAUAUCACCAAAUAUCGAUUUUGUUUGAGAGAGGUCGAGAAGAAAUCAUGGCUGGAGGACGUUCAUUCACUGCUCUUGUUUUGGUUCUAUCUUUGAUAUUUAUGAUCGCAUUCGUCGAUGUAGCUCAGGGAUACAACAAGCUUCGUCCACAAGAUUGCAAGCCAAAAUGUACGUAUAGGUGUUCGGCUACAUCACACAAGAAGCCUUGCAUGUUCUUCUGCCAAAAGUGUUGUGCAAAAUGCUUGUGUGUUCCAGGAGGUGUUUAUGGCAACAAACAGUCGUGUGCUUGCUACAACAACUGGAAAACUCAAGAAGGCAAACCCAAAUGUCCUUGAAUUUUUUUAAAGGGGGUUUAUUUGCAAUUCCCAAAAAUGGAAGGGCCUAACUGUUCUUUCUUAUCGAAUAAAAAUGAAUUGGUGCUGUUUUAAAUUGGAUGACCAAGUGGCAUUUUAGUCAACGUGUUGUCCAUAUAUUGAAAUCUAGGUACUAGAUCGUUUGUACUAGUUAAGCACUUAACCUAGAAUAUCAAACCAAAUGAUAUGUUUUUGCUUUCUACA